CGGGAGAGGACAGUAUAAAUGUACGCAGGUACAGUAGAGCAGGCAUAAGAGGACACACCUAUAAAACCCUGCCAUUCAACUGUGAAGAAGACCAAAGAGGUGGAGCUGGAGCUCAACACUUAGCUGGAUGUGCUGGAAGCUGUUUUACAUCCAUACAGGUUGUGGACUCGUAGAAAAUGUUUGGCCCUUUCAGCAAACGUCUUCAGGACUAUCUGGCUGAGCGAAAGCGUCGCCGGGCCAGGCUGGUGACCAAAGACGGCCACUGCAACAUCGAAUACGGAAACAUCAAGUACAGCAAACAUUUUGCUUUCCUGGCCGACUACUGGACCACAUUCGUGGAGAUCCGCUGGCGUUUUGUGCUUUUAGUCUUCAUUGCAACUUUCACCCUGAGCUGGUUCAUCUUCGGCCUGCUCUGGUACUGGAUUGCUCGUAGUAAUGGAGACCUGACGUGGCAGGAGCCCCCCGAGGACCAUGCGCCUUGUGUUGAUAAUGUUGUCGGACUCACCACAGCUUUCCUGUACUCCCUUGAAACCCAAACAACCAUUGGGUACGGUGGCCGAGCCCUGACUCCCGUUUGCCCCGGUGCUGUGGCCCUUAUCAUCAUCCAGUCUCUCCUUGGCGCAGUCAUCAACUGCUUCAUGUGUGGAAUCAUUUUAUCUAAAAUCUCUUCACCUAAAAAGAGAGCAAAGACCAUCUCAUUCAGUGACAUGGCUGUAAUCAGCCCAAAGAACGGCGCGCUCUGCUUGUCAAUACGAGUGGCCAAUCUCCGAAAGACCCUCAUGAUAGGAAGUCAGAUCUAUGGCAAACUGCUGCGAACCACCCAUACAGCAGAUGGCGAGACAAUAAUCAUGGACCAGGUGAACAUUGAAUUCAUGGUAGACGCCGGAAAGGACAACCUGUUCUUUGUGUGUCCGCUCACACUUCGUCACGUCAUCUGCAAGGGAAGCCCCUUCUUUGAGAUGGCAGUGGACACGCUCCACAAGCAAGAGUUUGAGCUGGUCGUCUUCUUGGACUGUACCGCAGAGUCCACCAGCUCCUCCUGUCAAGUCCGGACUUCCUUCAUUCCCCAGGAGAUCAUGUGGGGCUACAAUUUCCUGCCCAUCAUCUCCCGAAGCAAAGAAGGUAAAUACCGGGUGGAUUUCUCCAACUUUUCCAAGGUGGUACCUGUGGCCACUGCGCAUUGCGCCUACUGUUUCCACAACAUCAAAGGGCACCACCACCACUCCAAAGAUGGACUUGACAACCAAGGUUUUGAGGUGAUUGAUAUCCAUGAUCCUGCAAGUAUCACCAAGAUGUAAAAGCACAGAGGCAGUGAACCAUACACUCUGGUAGAUGCCUCCUACCGCCCACUGUUGAACCCCUUAAGCAUCCCAAAGGUUAUUUGGGACAACCGCAUGUACAGAAAAUGUUAAGUGAAGGAAACCUCAUUAUCUUUCGGAAAUGUAUUGAACAAUUGUAAUUGCCACAUUUAUCACUGUCUAUUGACCAAAGAACAUGUUUUCCAAAGGGUUGCCAUGUCAUGGAAAUUACUUGGUUGAAAAAGAUGAUUAUAAGUCCUCGCUCAAGGAUGAUAAUUUUACCUCAGGUUCUGCACAUCGGAUUUACUGAGGAUCACGACGACUGUAUUAUUCUGUAUGAAUCUGUAUGAAUCUUACUUGAAGAACUUGUUUUGGGUGCCUUGUGAAUGACAAAACAAUAUUAGUGGUUGUUGAAUAAUUCAUAUCUGCCAUACACAAAGACAUUUGGGCUCUUUGUUAGAAACAUUAAUCUAUCCCAGCAUUGGCACUCGCACAGGUUUAGUGUGGAACCUUCGAGUGAUGGUGGAACCAAGUUCUCCUGAAACACUUAAAAAUAUGACUGCAUGCAGUCUGACCUAUUGAAUGAAAUCAAAUUUGUUUUUUUGUAUUUUAUCUCAGGGGGGAAAGUGAAUUUAAACAAUUUUUACACUCAAUAACGUUUGCCUCGCAUUGUUCUCCACCUGAAAUUAACAUAACCAAAAAACGUCAGUGCCAGCCAACGACCCCCAUUACGGAUUUUCAUCCAAACAAAAUGAAGUUGUGAGAGCAAACAGAUGAGCCAACAUGUCAACAGAGAGAGCGCCACACUUACUGUCCCCUUCACUUCUCGUCAUGUAAUUGGAGGAGGCCAAUGAAAUAUAGCGAGCAAUGAGUGCACACGUUGUGAUUUAGGGUAUCAGCAAAAGUGACAAUAAUUUAAUAAAAGUAGCAACAAUUUAAUACACAACAAGAACCAACACCCUGGUGACUAAUAUAUUUAACGCUGCUUGCACAAAAUAACGCACACUGUAUGAAUAAACUCAGUCACAGGAGCUAAUCUGAAAUGCAGCAAAACAUGCUGGUAAUGUCGCUUCUCCAGUGGCUCAUUGUGAAGCCUCGAUGACACAAAGUACUUUUGCUGUAGAAUCAGCCAAAACCAGAUUUUUUAAAAAAGGGAUAGUGUACUUACUUCACCAUUCUGGGCAGUAAAAUAAAUGACUUUAUAGAAAAUAAUCAAUUUGUUGAUAAAACAAAAUUAAUUUGUUAAUUUCUCAUAUGCAUUUAAAUACAAUUAAAAAGGCAUUUUGUCACCUGCUGUCGACUGAAUUAAAAUAAUAUCACUUAUGCUAAGGGCUCAGGUAAUCACGGCUGACCCAUUGUGGUCAUGUGACGUCCUUUCGUCUUUUAUCAAGAGAGAUAUAAAGGUAGUAUCUACCGGUGGGUUAAAAACGUAAUAAUAAAACGCAUAAAAAAAUGCAUGCUAUUGUAAUUAAAAAAUAUUUAAAAAAAUAUGACACUAUAGUAUCAUUCCACUCCAAGCACUCAUGCUUACCAUGGUGAUUGUAAGGUUAGAGUACUCUGAGUGCUCUAUGAGUAUAUACACAUGUGGUUAUAAUAGUGGUGUCAUAUUGUCAUGUUGUAUAAGCUCACCAUUCAAAACACACAUACAUUCACGCAACAUUUGUUUGGCAUAUCUUCUCACCACAGAACUGGAUAACAUGCGCUGAUGGCAGAGUUUAUUUGCUCUUCUACAUUUGUUUUAGUAGAGUGCUACAAAAUGACUUUCACUAAUAUGGUUCACAAAAUACAAAAAAUGAGUAUCACAUUAAAAAAAAACUGCCAAUAGGUGAUGAGAUCAAUUUACCUUUUUCAACAUUGAGCUCUUGUCAGGAUCGGAAUGGAGCAGGGCGACCAAAUGCAGCUUGGACAUGGGUUAAUUGAGGGAAAAGGGAAUUCGAAUGGAGAAUGAAGAGAAACAGACAGCGCACAAACUAACAUAACGACCUAACCAAACCAACAACUGGACUGGCCGACAGACGGGCUAACAGAAACGGAACUGACCAACAAAGACGUCAAACAAGAAGACAUCAACGGUCCGAAAGGGGAGCGAGGGGCAGACAGGACUUAAAUACAAGACAGCUAAAGAGAGGCAAGUGAGGAUGAUUAACACUGAUCAUGAGCACACAGGAGGGGAGGGGUGAGCACACGGACAGAAACUAUGACACCAUCGGGGAAGAGUCGUGACAGCUCUGUAAUCUUGAAUCAUUACAUUUUCAAAAUCACAAUAAUCUGUUUUUUGAUUUGAUUUGGAGAAUGAUCAUACAUUUAUGCUCUUAUUCUUCAACCACUGUGAGGUCAACCACAUGAUGAAAACUGAAUACCGUAAUUUUCGGACUAUAAAUCGCACCGGAGUAUAAAUCGCACCAACCAUAAAAUGCCCAAAAAAGUGAAAAAAAACAUAUAUAUAUAUGUAUAUAAGUCGCUCCUGAGUAUAAAUCGCCCCCCCACCCAAACUAUGAAAAAAACCCGAGACUUAUAGUCCGAAAAUUACGGUAGUAUUAAUGUUUUUUAAAUAAAAGAAAUAAUAUCUGACUUUUGAAGUUAACCUGAUGAGAAUUGAAACAUGUAGUCUAUACUGCAUACACAUCUUACAACAGAAUUAAAUAGUUUGAUGUAUUUAUAUAAUUUGAGCACAAGACUUUCUUGAACGCUUUCUUGAACGUCAUUUGCAAGGCACACACAGACAAUCAACCAUUCACAACCAUUCAGCUAAUAUUUGCAAUAACAAUAAUGUUUAGAAGUUUGAGCAUGUCUUAUGAUUUGCAAUCAUAGCAUUAUGUUUUUAUUCAUCAAGAAAAGCAUGGGAACUUUCUUAUGUACAUAGAGAUGCAUAUCUAGAGCAUAAUGGGCCCAAUACAGUCCGCUUGAUCUCAGUAUUAAAACAUUGCUGUGAAGUUUGAUUGCUAGAACAUCGCCUAAGAAUGCAUUAGACACACCCACUGAUAUAAGAGUUGCUAAAUGUGUAUAUGUUGUGUAGAAUUUCACUAGCGUCUUUCCAUAAUCUGUUUGUGGAUGUACUUUUAAAAUACCUUGUCAGAUAAGACUUGAUCAUCAUUGAGCAAGACGAAGGCUACAAAGCCUAAUGGCUGUUUUAUGUUUUUGAAAAAUGUGCCUCACAAUAAACAACAAGUAUUAAUAAAAUAGUCACCUUGGUCCAUGUGGAAAAAAA